AUGGACGACGGUCGCUGGGACAGGAUGGCGGAUAAGACGGUCGAGGAGCUGCAAAACCCGUACUCGGUCCUCGCCGAUCCCCUCAACACCAACCUCCUCAUCCAGUUCUACCACGCUGUCCGACACGCUCCUCCUCGCCUUUACGAUCUCCAGGCCGUGCUUCGCCAGCGUGUCCCCGCCAUCGACAACCUCUACGCGACCUGGCCGGACACACCACCGCUCUACCAUGUUACGCAACUCAUCCAGGGCAUCUCGCCUGCUCCACCGCCUCGACAAGCUCGUCACUCGGUCGAGCUCGGCCAGCUUUCCUGCCUCAAAGCGGACCCGCCUGCGAAUGUGCCGCCUCGCGACCCGACCGCUCCGUCAUGUCCGACGGUCGACUAUGUCGUCGAGCGGAGUGACUUCAUUGAAAGAGAGACAGGUCACACGAUGCACUUUGCGGAGGUCUUUCGAGUUUGCGUCAAGCCGAUGUUCGUCGCGCGUUCCCGGCGGCUCGGCCUUGCGGCGACCUCAAAGCCUACGGCGCGAUACUACUUCAUCGCACAGCUCAUCCAGGCGAUCGAACAGAUCUCACAGACGGUUCGGCACAGUGCUGAUACGGUCUCGAUCACGCUCUAUGGCGAGUACGCUCAAGCGUUCGGCGACAUCCGGCCUCGGCCUCGCAAGAUCAACCUCACGGACGUCCGUUGCGCCUCCUUCUACUUCAACUCUUACGUCUUCAUCACGUACCACCCGUCUGUCAUGAUGGCGUCACGGCACCCGGUGGUGCGCUCGCUCCUCCUCGGACGGGAGUGCGCUCAGGACAAGCUGUUUCGCGGCAUCAAUACGCCCUUCGACGUCCUGUACUUCCAGCGCGCCUUCCGCCUCGACAUCGAGGUCGACGAGCUGGACAACAUGGUGCAAGAGCUCAGUCUUGACCUGAACAACCUCCCCGAGACCCUCAACACCAUCUCUCGCGCUCUCUCGGACUACGUCGCAGUUCACGGGAACGGCAUGCGCGGCAAGCCCGGACCUUACCGUUACCGUGGCUUGCGAGGAUCCGGCGGAUCGUGCAGCUUGGCGGGCAAGCGGCAAACGGUCGUCUCUAAGGGUCUCGCCAAGUCCGAUACCCCGCUCGCCGACGUCCACGUCUUGUACCCGCUCGCGAUGGAUUCGACGGAAGAGAUGGUGGGCGCUCUGCAAGCAAACGGCUUCGAACUGGACGAUGUUGUCGAGCCCGACGAGAUCAAGCAAGUUUACCUGACCGCUCUUCCGUCGCUGCGGCUUCGUGCGGCAGUCGUCGCGCUGGGCGGGUCGUCGCUCAACGACCUUUUGCUCGACAACGUCCACGUUCAGCAGCCGACAAGCGCCUCUGAGCUGCUCAAGCUCUUCGAGAUGGGCUUGUCACACGACGACCUCGUCAAGCAACUUCUUGACGCACUUUCCAUGACCGACCAGGCGACAGCUUCGCCUCCGACGUUCUCGAUCGAGUUCGACGAUGUCUCGAUGCCGUCGAAGGAGGAGUCCCCGGUCGCCGACGGUCAACCUCCAGUUCCCGCAGACGCUCCUCUCCCUCCCAAGUCCCGUCUUCUGCAGUGUAUCGAUCGCCCAUGCGACGCAGCGGAAGAAGACCGUUCCGCCGUCCGCGCUCCGCCGGCGAUCCAGUCGACUCCGGCGCGCGACAAGGCUCCUCUCCCCCCUCCUCUCGCUCAAGACCCAGUCCCGUCUCCUUCUCCCACCCUUCCGUCACCGGUCCUUCGAAAAACCCAAUCGAAUGCACGGCUCGAUGUCCUGCUAUCACCCUUCCUCGACUUGCCGCCGUCUCCCUUCCUCAACCGACCGCCAUCUCCUUUCCUCGACCGUCCGCCGUCGCCCUUCCUCACUUCCGACAUUCCGGGCGCCAGGGCGGGUAACGAGUCGUCCUUCCUGGCGCCUCUGCGGUACGAUGAGGAUUUCGGGUCCGAGUCCUACGCCGAGCCCGACUCGCACUUCGAACUCGACGCAACGAUGUUCGACCCGCCUCCGUCCAGCCAGCCACUCGGCAACAAUGAGUAUGCUGCUCUCAAGCCUCACGACUUGAGCAGGAGCGCCGGCGUCGGACACGGCGGAGAGAUAGGGGAGGCUACUACUUCGUCAACUGGUCAGGUCUCGGUUGAGCGUGCGGUACGAACGGGCGCAGCGGGCGAUGAUGAGCUUAUGGAGGACUGGACGGACGGUUCUGGCGUGCGCGAGGAUGCUGCUGAGGAGGACAUGGCGGUGUCGUCCGGCGAAGAAGACUACCUCGCGUUCUCGUCCACCAAAGCGAGGUUGUCGUCGUCCCCCACGCCUGCCAAGUUGCUUCCGGCGUCGUCGGCGUCCGCCAAAGGCCGGUGGCUGUCCGCGGACACUACGCCGAGCAGUCGAUGGCCCUCGACCGCCGCUGGCUUUAGCUACCCGCCGCUUCCGCCCAUCACCGACCCUCGCAUGCCUGUCGCCUCCACCUCAUCGUCUCCAGCCGGCUUACAGCGCCAGCCGCACUCGCUCAAUGACAGCUACCUCCCUCCUCAGCACUGGUUCGCAUCAACCAGCGGACCUUACCCAUCGCGCGCCUCUCCCUCCGCUCCCCCGCCUCCCCUCGGUCCCCAACCAUACCCUACCACUCCGUCAUGGAGCAGCUAUUCGUCGCACUCCGCCUCGACCUUCACACCGUCUGCACACGUCAAUCCACUCCCUCCUCCUCCUCGGCCUCGUCAUCGUCUCCCGCACCCGCCACCCCCGCCGCCUCCGAUCAGCUCAGACCACCCAUGUCAUGCAUACGGCUCGCUAGCGCCUCCGUUGCUGCCGACCCGACCAAUCAUCCCCAUCGAACCUGAACCACUCGCACCAGGUCAGGUCACCAACUACCAAGGCGGCGGCGGCUAUACCGACUGCUCACUCCUGCGGGUUGUGAGCGACACUCAAGGCGACCCGACCCAGCUGUUGAACAUCCAGGCGCUGCAAAACCUGCUUCAGGAGGCUUGCGGUGAUCACUCGCACGACGUAAAAGUCGCCUUCAUCGCAGCCGCACCCUUCGACCCAUCCCGCUGGGUGAUCGUCAAGUUGAAGUUCCGCACAAAGGAGGGAUGGCUAGACUAUCACCGCAACCGCCGCGAGACCGCCGUCCUCAUUGUGCAGGAACACAACGACAAGCUCAUCAAGUCGUAUCGCCCAGCUCGUUAG